AUGCCGUACAUCACCGAGGUCACAGUACCCGAUAUAUUCUCGAAGCUAUUGCAAGAACGGAUUAUAUGUCUUAAUGGAGCAAUUGACGACACCGUCUCAGCAUCGGUCGUGUCCCAGUUGCUGUGGCUCGAGUCGGACAACCCUGAGAAACCAAUCACAAUGUACAUCAACUCCCCCGGGGGCGAGGUCAGCUCAGGACUCGCCAUAUACGAUACGAUGACUUAUAUCAAGUCACCCGUCUCAACUGUAUGCGUUGGGGGCGCCGCAUCCAUGGCCGCGGUUCUUUUGAUCGGUGGCGAGCCUGGAAAGCGGUAUGCCUUGCCGCAUAGUUCUAUCAUGGUGCACCAACCCCUUGGUGGCACCCGUGGGCAAGCGGCGGACAUCUUAAUCUACGCAACCCAGAUACAGAGGGUGCGAGAGCAGAUCAACAAGAUUGUGCAGAGCCACAUCAAUAAAUCUUUCGGGCAUGAGAAGUACGACAUGCAGGCUGUCAACGACAUGAUGGAGCGGGAUAAGUAUUUGACAGCAGACGAGGCGAAGGAGAUGGGAAUCGUGGAUGAGAUUUUACACCGGAGGGAGAAGGGAGAUGAGAUGCCGGGAGUCGAUGGCGCCAUGCUCUCGCCGUCGCUCCUACGCGGGAGCGUUCCUAGGGCCCUAGCCUCGAGCCGGGUGUUACCCCUAAGGAAUCAUCUCCGCUUCCUCUCCACCACACCUCGCCGAUAUACCGAGGAGAAGCUCAAUCGAGGCGCCUCGCAGGCCAUGCUCUACGCCACCGGCAUGAACGAGGAGGACAUGUCCAAGGCUCAGAUCGGCAUCUCGUCUGUGUGGUAUGAGGGCAACCCUUUCCGUGAAAGUGUCAAGAAGGCCGGUCUCGUUCCCAUGCGCUUCAACACCAUUGGAGUCUCAGAUGCCAUCAGCAUGGGCACUACCGGGAUGCGGUACAGCUUGCAGAGCCGAGAGAUCAUUGCGGACAGUAUUGAGACUGUCAUGCAGGGUCAGUGGUACGACGCCAACGUCUCGCUGCCCGGUUGCGACAAGAACAUGCCUGGUGUUCUGAUUGCAAUGGGCCGCGUUAACCGGCCAAGUCUGAUGGUGUAUGGCGGUACCAUCAAACCCGGCUGCACUAUGAAGGGUGAGCCCAUCGACAUCGUCAGCGCGUUCCAGUCCUACGGACAAUAUCUCUCGGGCGAGAUCAACGAGGAACAGCGCUUCGACAUCAUCCGCAACGCUUGCCCAGGUGGUGGCGCCUGUGGCGGCAUGUAUACAGCCAACACCAUGGCAUCUGCCAUUGAGACCCUUGGCAUGACCCUCCCGGGCAGCAGUAGUUUCCCCGCCGAGGGCCCGCGGAAGAAGGCCGAGUGCGAGAGCGUCGGUGAGGCCGUCAAGACCCUCCUUCGGGAGAACAUCCGGCCCAGCGACAUUUUGACACGGCAGGCGUUUGAAGACGCCAUGAUUGUGGUCGGCGUCUUGGGUGGCAGUACUAACGCCGUGCUCCACCUCAUCGCUAUCGCGGACUCGGUUGGGAUCAAACUCGACAUCGAUGACUUCCAGGCCGUUUCGGACCGGACACCGCUCUUAGCUGACCUUAAGCCCUCGGGCAAGUAUGUCAUGGAAGACCUGUUCAACAUCGGCGGGACCCCUGCCCUGCUCAAGUUCCUCCUUAAAGAGGGUCUCAUCAGUGGCUCGGGGAUCACCGUCACAGGCAAGACCUUGAAAGAGAACGUGGCCGAUUUGCCGGGCUUCCCCGAUGACCAGCCCAUUAUCCGGCCAGUGAGCAACCCGAUCAAGCCGACAGGCCACAUCCAGAUCCUGCGUGGUUCGCUCGCCCCCGGCGGCUCGGUCGGUAAGAUCACAGGCAAGGAGGGUCUUCGUUUUGAGGGUACGGCUAAAGUGUAUGACUACGAGGACGCCUUUAUCGAAGCGCUUGAGCGUGGCGAGCUUAAGAAGGGCGAGAAAACGGUGGUGGUGAUCCGGUACGAAGGCCCCAAGGGUGGUCCCGGCAUGCCUGAGAUGCUUAAACCUAGCUCGGCGAUCAUGGGAGCCGGCCUUGGAAACGACGUCGCCCUCAUCACAGAUGGCCGUUUCUCAGGCGGUAGCCACGGCUUCUUGAUUGGGCAUAUCGUGCCCGAGGCUAUGGAGGGUGGGCCGAUCGGCCUGGUUCAGGAUGGUGACAAGAUUGUCAUUGAUGCUGAGAAGCGCGUGCUCGACCUCGAGGUGCCCGCCGAGGAAAUGGAGAAGCGCCGCAAGGCAUGGAAGGCGCCCGAGGCCAGGGCCCCGCGCGGGACCUUGGCAAAGUACGCCCGGCUUGUCACCGAUGCUAGCCAUGGGUGCGUUACAGAUAAGGCGUGA